CACGUGUCACGUGACUUCAGUCCGUAGUUAGCUGAGUUGAGCCAGAGCUUCUUGCAGCUCCGCGUGACAGAGACGCUACGGGGGGGAAACCAGAAGGAGCAAUCAUGCCGAUGUUCGUGGUGAACACCAACGUGGCCAAAAGCGACGUGCCCGCGUCUCUGCUGUCCGAGGCGACCGAGGAGCUGGCCAAGGCUAUGGGCAAACCUGCACAGUAUAUUGCUGUGCUUAUUAACCCUGAACAAAUGAUGAUGUUCGGGGGAAAGGGAGACCCCUGCGCAGUCUGCUCCCUCCACAGUAUUGGCAAGAUCAGCGGAGCUCACAACAAGCAAUACUCCAAGCUCCUGUGUGGACUGCUCAACAAACACCUGAGCAUCUCUCCUGACAGGAUUUACAUUAACUUUGUAGACAUGGAUGCAGCCAAUGUGGCCUGGAACAACACUACUUUCGGAUGAGAAGCAGGUUAACCGACAGGCAUUGAAGAUUCCAGUAUUCCCUCUAUGUAUGAGCGUAGUUAAAACCGACAGUCAAGGGAAGAGGCAAAGACAUGUUAUUGCAGGGCCAAUGUACCAUAUGUUAAUCUUUAAAGCACUUAGCUGGAACCUUCAGUUUUGCACUGAAACUUUGUUUGAUUUGAAAUGCAAUAAAAACACUGUUGACUAUGAAUAAACCAA